AUGGUGCAGCAGGAGCCUGCCGGGGCGCCGGGGCUGGCGGCGGCGGCCGCGGGGGAGGCCGCUGCUGCCACCGCCGAGGUGCGGUUGUCCCGGCGUCGCUGGGCCGUGGUGCUGCUCUUCAGCAGCUACUCCCUGUGCAACGCCUUCCAGUGGAUCCAGUACGGCAGCAUCAACAACGUCUUCGCGCGCUUCUACGGCGUGAGCGCCUUCGCCAUCGACUGGCUCUCCAUGAGCUACAUGCUCACCUACAUCCCCCUGCUCUUCCCCGUCGCCUGGCUGCUGGACAAGAGGGGCCUGCGCUUCAUCGCCCUGGCCGGCUCGGCCCUCAACGCCCUGGGCGCCUGGGUGAAGCUGGGCAGCCUGAAGCCGCACCUCUUCCCCGUCACCGUCCUGGGGCAGGUCAUCUGCUCCCUGGCCCAGGUCUUCAUCCUGGGCAUGCCCUCGCGCAUCGCCUCCGUCUGGUUCGGCUCCCGUGAGGUCUCCACCGCUUGCUCCAUCGCUGUCUUUGGGAACCAGCUCGGCAUCGCUGUGGGCUUUCUCGUCCCUCCAGUUCUGGUUCCCAAUGUGGAGAAUGUGGAGAAGCUGGCCUACCACAUCAGCAUCAUGUUCUUCAUGACUGCAGGCGUGUCAACAGCCCUAUUCAUCCUGGUCAUCAUAGUCUUCAAGGAGAAGCCCCCGCACCCUCCGAGCCGAGCUCAGGCCUUGAUCCAGUCAAGACCAACACAGGAGUAUUCCUACGUGCAAUCAAUCCUCCGUCUGCUCCGCAAUGCCAACUUUUUGCUGCUUAUGGUCACUUAUGGUCUGAAUACAGGUUGCUUCUACGCCCUGUCCACUCUGCUGAACCGCAUGGUGAUCCAUCACUACCCAGGGGAGGAGGUGAAUGCUGGCAGGAUUGGACUCACCAUUGUACUGUCGGGGAUGGUUGGGGCUCUGAUCUCCGGCAUCUGGUUGGACAGAACCAAAACCUACAAACAGACAACGCUAGUCGUCUAUAUCAUGUCUCUGGUGGGAAUGAUAGCCUACACCUUCACUCUGAGCCUAGGCCACCUCUGGGUGGUCUUUGUGACUGCAGGCAUGCUGGGGUUUUUCAUGACAGGAUACCUUCCCCUGGGCUUUGAGUUUGCUGCAGAGUUGACAUACCCAGAAUCAGAAGGAACAUCAUCAGGGCUCCUUAAUGUCUCAGCACAGAUUUUUGGUAUUGCUUUCACCAUUGGCCAAGGGCAAAUCAUGGAUCACUUUGGGACGAAGGCACGCUUUGGGACGAAGGCAGGAAACCUCUUUCUUUGUUCCUUUCUGUUCCUGGGGACCGUUGUAACAGCAUUCAUUAAGGCUGAUCUCCGAAGACAGCAGGCCAAUUUGGAUAAUGAACAGACAAGACUCCAAGGCAGCAAUCAGAUCAUGGAUUACGGGACUGUAGCUUGUAACCCUAACCCCAUCAAUUCCCAUUCCUGCUCACUAGCUCAUACACAAAGAUGUCAGUCUUGCCCCACAAAAGUGAUGCCAGGAGCCUGCACUGAUCCCAUAGUCCUUGAGGAAUCAAAGCUGUGAAAUGGAGGAGUGGCAGAGCUGGGAGAUGCAGCCCCCUCAUUCCCGUCUUUGCUACCUACACCAUCCUCCUGUUACAUGUGCAUCACAGCAGGGGGGCAGCCUCAGGACAGGAGCCCAGUGAACCGCUUGUGGAGAGUGUGAAAGAGCAAAACAAAAAGGGAGUUGCUCUCUUCAAUUAUACCUCUGCAUCUUGCUGUUUUGGAGAAUUUGCUGCUUGGGAGGAAAAGUUGGGAAAACCCACUGCUUCCCCCCCAUCCCACCAUGUAUGCUUGGAAAAGAAAAAGCACACAUGCUGAGAAAAGCCAUAGUUCCAGGCUAGCGCUGAGCACAUAAGGGUGGCACCCUGCAUGUGGCUGUGUGUCCUCUCACAGGCAAGCUGUGACAUGAAAUGCAGAAGCUGGACCAUGCUUACUCCGUGAGCAGCCCUGGAAGAGCUUUCAGCUGGCUCCCAGGAAGAGGGAUUGCUCUGCCUCGGCGCCUGUGAUGCUCUGUGGUGCACAGGCGACGAUAGAGGCCUCAGCAUAUCACCAGCAAGUGCAAAGCAGUGCCUCUGCCACUGCCAGCUCUGGUUUUAUUAUGUGGCUCAUCACUACACUAGCAACAGGAGUGAGUCAAACCACAAGCUCCCUGGGCUGAGGACUGUGUCUUCCUCCUUAAUGAUAAAGUGCCUUUUGCAUGUUUCAGCACUACAUAAAAACUUUUGUGAAGUGUUAUAUUGAGAUAACCAGCCAAGGCUGUGUUGCUCUUCACAGCCAGAGAGGGGUUUGAGUAUGAUGGGAAUCCAGAUUUGCUCCAGUGUGAAAGCUUCCCACUUUAUAACAGAGCACAGGAGAAGCAGCCCUCUUACCAGCAUUUGUGUCUUGUAGACACUGCCCCUCUGAAUGCUGCUGUUUAUCUUCAAAGUGUAGAUCCUUAUAUCCCUUCUCCUUCCUUUCCAGCAUCCCUCCACUGGUGGAGACAUCAAGUGUCCUUAUACUCCUUAAAUCACACAGUUAUGCAUAUGUCAGUGGGGGGGGGAUACACACAAAAACCACAACCAGGUGGAAUGGAUAAAAACAGUCCUCUCUGACAGACCAUUUCUGACAAAACAUUUUUUGGGUGAAAUGAUACAGUCUUUUGACACAUUAAAAAAUUCAAGUCCUAUCUUUGAUAGUUUGGGAUUGAGGAUGGGGGUCUAAAAUGGCUUUCAAAUAUAAGUUUUUAUAUAAAAAACAUUUGAAGUGUACAAUGAAACCUGACACAUUCAUAUUAAAUGGUUGAAACAGUCUACAUCUGACUCUUUUAAUAGCCUGAAAUGUUUUGCAGAAUGGAAAAAUCAUCUUUCUGCCCACUGCUACUGUUGUGCUCUUUUCCUCCCUUCUGUGUUUUUCCUUUCUUUCUUCUGCACAUGC